GAAUUAGUUAAACAUAAAAUGUAAGAGAUAUUUCUGCAGCAAAGCUCUGAAGAUUAUUUUGGCUGGAGGUACAAUCCUGCUCACUAACCAGUAGGUGGCAGUAACGCACCGUUGUCUCCUUUCAUGCCAAAAAGAAGAAGAUACGGUUCGAUGUUAUCGAGCAGAUGAGGACACGCGUAUAGUUUGAUUUCUUUAACCAUAAUGAAUUUUAUUUAAAAUGCGAUGCUAGCUUAACAGUCAUGCGGUUAUGGCUGAAUUAGCGGAACAAGGACACCGACGCCCCCCCCGCGACUAAUGGUGAGCUUUGUAACCCGGUUUCCACUCGAUUUUAUCGGGCUACGUUACAGGACGAGCCCGUCAAGGUUAGCAUCGCCGUUUGCUCUCCCCCGGAACCGAACUCGCUAACAUGGCGUGACGACAAUGAAACGCCGUGUCCUCCGCGGCCAGCCGGUGGCUGAGGAGAAGAAGAAGAAGAUGCUGCUGAAGACGCCCCAGAAGCUGCUGAAGAGCGGCCACUACAUCGAGCUGGGCAGCUACCAGCACUGGCCGGUGCUGAUACCCCAGCGGAUCCGACUGUACACCUACGAACAAAUCCCCCUCUUCCUCAAAGAAAACCCCUUCAUCACAGGCGGCUACAGGGCCCACCUGCCCUCCAAGCUCUGCCUGAGGAGUAUUUUCGUGCUGAGCAAUGAGACGGUGAACAUUUGGAGCCACCUGCUGGGUUUCCUGCUCUUCUUCUCUCUGGGGGUCAACGACGUGUCCUCUGUGCUGCCGGCGUCCGGAGCCAAUAGAGAGGACUACGUCAUCUACAUCAUAGGACUCUUCUGCUUUCAGGUGUGCAUGUUGUGUUCCGUGGGGUACCACCUGUUCUCGUGCCACCGGUCUGAGACCACCUGCCGCCGCUGGCUCUCCUUGGACUACGCCGGCAUCUCCGUUGGCAUCCUGGGCUGCUAUGUCCCCGGGAUCUUCUACGCUUUCUACUGCAACGCCUUCUGGCGACAGGUGUACCUGCUGACCGUGCUGUCCCUGAUCCUGGCCGUCUUCUGCGCUCAGGUCCACCCCCAUUACCUCAGCAACGAGUGGCGACGGAUUCGCACGACGAUCUUCUGCUGCGUGGCAGGCAUCAGCGUGAUUCCCGCGUGUCACUGGGUCUGGCUCAACGGAGGACUUGCCACGGACGUGGUGCAGCUGUUCCUGCCUCGCGUGCUAAUCAUGUACCUGAUUGCCGGAUCUGCAUUCUUGUUCUACGUCACCAAGGUCCCCGAACGCUACUUCCCCGGCCAGCUGAACUACCUGGGAGCCAGCCACCAGGUGUGGCACAUACUGGUAGUGGGGAUGUUUUACUGGUGGCAUCAGACAGCUGUGCACAUCAUGCACUUCAGGCACAGCCGGUCGUGCCCGGGCAGCAGCAGCAGCAGCAGCAGCAGCAGCAGCUAAGUGGAACGGAUCCCAUGAUGUAAUGGAAAGGCUACUUUGCUAUGAAUGUUAGUAGACAUCAGUUAAACACCUAAUGUUGCUAUUGAAACACUUUUAACCAGUCAGUCCGCUGGUUAGAAGCUGCUGCCUAAAGGGAUUUAACCACAAGCUUGUGAUUAAUAGCUACUAAGGUUUAAAACUGAGUCUAAUGGUAGCUCUUUCAGUGAGCUGUUGGUUACUGUUUAGUGGCUUUUUAAGGCCAGUACACGCAUUCAUUAUACUGUCUCUAGCAGUAGAUAUCAGCUAGGAGUGGCUACACAGUACUGUAAAUCUUAAAAUCGCUUAACCACCAUAACCAUUAAGUUGCAUGAAGCUGGAAUUUAAAUUAUUUUGUAGAAACAGACUACGGUUUGGAGUUUUUAAUUGGUGAUCUUUUUAUCGCAUGGUUUGUUGAGUUUUCUUUGUGUACAGAAGUUUUAAACAAUAUCUACGAGGAUUCUGUUGAAUCAAACAUAAAUGCCUGUGUGAACAAUUUGAUGAAAUGUGAAAAGCAACACAAAAACUGGAAAUGCAGCAUUUGAACACUGUGAACUCUGGCGGGGGGGGGGGAGAAUGUGUUUAGUUUUUGAAGCUCUCGAACAAAUAGCUUAUGAUCAAUCAAUGAUCAAUCCGCAAUAUCUGAGAAGAAAAUGUAGGAACCAUCUUCAGCCUACAUUACUUUAUUAUUACUUACAUUAUUUUCUAAAUACGGCUUGAUUUUGUUUUUGUGUAUUAUUUAUUUUUUAUUUUUGGACCGAGACAGUGUCAGUGUUGCGCCAAAACAUAAAAUGUUAUGGCUUCACUACACGAGAUAAGUAAUAUCAGCCUUAAUACCAACCGAGUUAAUAAACAACAUAGUGUACAAUCAUCCCUUUUUAAAUUGAACUAUUAGUGGUAUGUUAGAUUCAACUUCUUCUAAAUUGACCGAACAUCAUUCUCCUGACAUCCUGGUAAAUGGUGCUGGGAUCCGAUGUGGAGUCACCAACUACUGUUUUUGUUAGGAAGGGGUCUAAUCUGGAGACUGCGUGGCUGAAAUGACAAACAUGCUGAUUGUAGUAAUAAAAAAUACCCCUUUUAACAACAGUUUGAACUGGACAAUCAAAGACCCAUUUUUGCUGAUGAUCCAGUUAGCGGUAGCAGUUUAUCUCUCCGAAUGGUCCACACCUGUCACCCCUAAGGCAGGUAGCGUCACCUUCGCAGCCCUUUUUGAGUCAUAAAGGUUAAUUGUGUAAAAUUUUGCAUGCAUUGCAACUGCUGUUGUUUGAACCAGGCCAGUGUGAAGUGUUACAGGUUUUUACUUUUUAAAAUAACUCAUCAUGUUUGUAUAUGUCUGCCUUAUUAUCUUUGAGUGUUUGUACUGUAAACACACUUACUGUUAGAGUCGGUUUUGGGUCAAAGGAAUGAUGAAACUGACCGAUUUAAUCUUUGCUGUUACACAACAAUGCCAGUAUGGUUAGUUCUUUUUAUCUGAUAUGAUUCAACGCUUAGAAUAAGUUUUGGGUUUUAGUUGAGGUCACUUACUGCUGCAGAACUGUAAGUGGCUCAAUGAAAAAUGUGUCUUUAUUUUUGCCUUUUUGAGUUUUGUUUUAAUUUUUCAUCAUGCAUAUCUAACAAUCAUAAACUGCUUGGUCUUUUAUUUAGAAAAAUCACCCCAUGAUUGUUUUAUCCUGUCUUAUCAUUUAUAUGAUAAAGCACUGGCGCUGAUUUACAAGAUAUUUAUUUCAGUGCCUAUGUGAAAUUAUAUUUAUAAUAUAUUUUUAAACAUUUUGAAUGAAUAAAGAAUGCUGGGAAAUACA